AUGGCAUCCACAAAAGCCGUCGAUCGCGUCUGGGCGCUUCACGACUUUGAAGCCGAGAACCCAGAUGAGGUCUCGUUCAAGGCUGGAGAGUGCAUCUUCGUCGUUGAAAAGGAUGACGAGUUCGGAGAUGGCUGGUGGCAAGGCACCAACCAGAGCGGUCACACCGGUCUCUUCCCCUUCACUUAUACCACUCUCGAUCGCAAUCUUGCUCUAAGCGCCAAGUCCGACAACGCAACUCCAGAUGCGCUUGGCACACCUCAAGCUCUUGGCUCCUGCGCAAAACCCGGCGUAAUGCACUCCACCAUGGCCGACAUCGACAAUGCUCUUACAGAACUCCAAAGCGAUCGCAAACCAUCUAGCCUCAACGGAAGCACCUCCGCUGCUGCUGAUGCUCGUGCAGGAGGAACAGUUGGCAGCAAUCCCAAUGCUCAUGCUUCUCGAGCUUCUUUCACCAGCGAGCCAACUGACGCCGAUGAUCAAUCCGACAACUUUGGCGAAUCCGACAACUUUGCCAACAGAGCCAUCGCCGCUCGUGCCGCACUUGCAGCUAAUGCACAGAAGAACCUCGCCAACGAUGCAGAGCGUGAAAAGCAGCAGGAACAGCGCAUACGAGCAGAAGCACAGCGUCAAUUUGAGCAGGAAGAAGCUUGUCAACGUCAGCUGUUGCUUCAAGUGGAAAAGGAACGCCAGGCCAAGUUGGCCGCUGGUGAAUUGCAUCCAUCUGAAGAAAAGUCAAAAGCGCCUCCUAUCGCUGGCGUGGAUAUGAGCGAUGAGAGUGAUAGCGAAGGAUCGGUCGGCUUCUUGGAUGAUUUCCAGGACAAGACUCAUAGUCCACUCUUUGGCAACCUUGCCCCGACUCCCACCGAGGCUACGGCUGCCAGGGAGAUCAAACCUCCCACUUCGCAUUUGCAGGGGAUCGUGGAGGAUCAUCUCGCAGCUACUGCCAAAUCGCCAGUCCAACCACAGUCUAGUCUUGUGCAGGCAGAGACACCAGCUCUGGCGCCUCUCACUUCCAAUGACAUUGCUUCCUCGCUCACACCAGAUGUCGAGAGUGCUCCCACCAACACUACCGCUGUAGCACCCGUUUCCCAGUCCACUUCGAGCACUGUUCCCGCUUUGGCGGCUGGUGCGGGUGCUGUUGCGCUCGGUAGCACCGCUGCUGCCGUUGCAAACCACGAACGAUCGGCCAAUGCAUCCACUACCGGAAGUGCAGCAGUACCAGCAGCCGCUGACGACGGUGCUCGAUCUGUCGCUGGUGAUAGUACUCGAACCGGCACAGAGACAGGUCCAGGCACUGGCAUAGCCACCGGCACUGCCACUGCUGCCACUUCGAUCGCUGCUGGGACCGACAAUGACACACCACGAUCAAGCACUCCCGCAGCAUCCACUCCCGCAGCUGCUGCGGGCACCAAAUCUCCCGCUCCCGUAUCUGCCAACAUCGCCGGUGACCCGACAGAGUGGGGUGUCGACCAAGUCGUCGAAUGGGCACGCUCCAAAGGUUGGGACGAAGCAUCCGUCGUCAGCAAGUUCCGCGAACACGAGAUCUCGGGAGACGUCUUGCUCGAAAUGGACAUCAACAUCCUCAAAGAGAUUGAGAUUGUUGCUUUCGGCAAGCGUUUUCAAGUCGCCAACGGUAUCAAAGAGCUUCGUUCUCAAGUUCCCGGUGCUGUUACCACUCCUGGCUUAUCUCAGUCUGUGCAGAAUGAAGGACUUGGUAGUCCAGCGCUCAUUGCUCCAGGUGCACCUGGAACUUCCACUUACUCGCCCUACAAUCCGGGCUCGCACAACGGCAGCAAUGCUGAUGGUCGAAGCUUGAGCGCUAGGAUGGCUGAGACGAGUUUGGAUCAGAGUUUCGCGCCGACUUCCAGUCGACCGGGAAGUUUUGGUGGCGAUCGAGACUCGUUUGGUGGUCCAGCUCAGGCUGGUGGGUUUGGUGGACAAGGUUUUGCUGGUCCGGCAGGUGUGGCCGCGUGGCAAGCACAGCAAGCGGGUCAGUUGGCUCACGGAUCGCGUGUUCCGAGUGGAGAUGUUUCUCUUUCGCCUACCAGCACUUCGCAGUUUGGUGCUAUGCAGAAUCCAAGAUAUGCUCCCACAAGCGGUGCGGGUGCGGGUGCAGGUGCGGGUGCGGGUGCGGGUGGUCCGUAUGAAGACAAGCUGGGUGCUCUCCCUACAUCUCCACGCAAGCGAGAAUCGACUGGAUCGGCGGGGGCUUCGGAGAAGAACAACAGAUCGAGCUUCUUCGGUCUUGGUCAACGUAAUCGCAAGCCUCCUCCUAACCAAGCGGCUAGAGCUGACAGUGUAGUUGGUGGACCAGCUUCUAGUGUUGGUGAUGAUGAUGGUAGGAGUAGCAAAGGUACCCUCUCGAGACUUGGGUUUGCGAGGAGUUCGAAGAAUAUCAGCAAUCAAUCCUCGCAGAGCAACUUUAAGGAUCAGAUCUCCUUGCCGACUUCCAGUCCUCACUUUGAUAGUAAUGGGGAUACGGCAAGACGACAGCGUCAAUCCACCGGUGGUGGUAUGGCUCCUGGAAUGCCUGGUACAUCUCAACAACACCAACAACAAGCGAAUAUGGGAAUGGGAAUGCCAACCAACGCUCGUCCCACUUCGAUCGGUUCAGCUGGACUCGACGCUCCUCCUACCCCUUCCGCAUCCGCUGCCGCUGUCGGUACAGGCGCAGGUACCGGUACAGCAGAUGGUCCAGUAAUGUCUCGCAUCCAACCAGUCGAUCUGGAAGGAUGGAUAAAGAAAAAAGGCGAACGGUACAAUUCCUGGAAACCUCGUUAUCUUGCCCUCAAAGGUCCCGAUCUGGUCAUCCUACGCGAUCCCCAUGCUGAGAAGAUCAAAGGCUACGUCAAUAUGAACGGAUACAAAGUUAUCGCCGACGAAAACACAAAUCCAGGAAAGUACGGGUUCAAGAUUCUCCACGAAACUGAAAAACCUCAUUACUUUUCCAGUGAAGAUCCAAUCCUAGUUCGAGAAUGGAUGAAGAUGCUAAUGAAGAGUACGAUUGGUAGGGAUCAUAGCUUCCCAGUGAUAAGCAGUUAUAACAAUGCCACUAUUAGUUUGAAGGAAGCUCAGAGGAUGAAUCCACCACCGAGACCACCGAGUCCAACAAGUAGAGCUAGGACGCAAAGGGCGAAAGUUAGGCCAAAUCCGGAACAGUUGACCGCAAGAGAUGCGGCGAUAUUGAUGAACUUGACUAGUGCACAGCCGACAAAGAUGGAUCAUCAUGUCUAG